UCUCUCUCUCUCUCUCUCUCUCUCUCUUCUCUCUCUCCUUACGAUUAAUAUAAAUCCCUUUGCGAGCUCGUGAUUGAAGAUUAAUGGUUGCGAACUUCACUUAGAUACUGUAUGAUCAAAGAGAUGAUUCUUGUGCCGAAUCUUGACUAAACCUCGGAUUCUCACUUUCUGGAACCUGUUGUCAAUUCGCGGGUUUGAUUUGAUGGCUUCUUCAGAAGUCCAUACUUAUUCAGUAUCUACUGAUCAUGGCGAUGAUACAUUCUCGCAAGCUGAUGAUGGUGAUGUUGAUUUGGCUCUGUUUCAAUCUAAUGCACCAACAACAAUGUCUAGUACCAAGAACAUUCCGAAACCUCCUCCUCUUCCAUGUAUAACAUACCAGCGUUUUCAAGCUUCCAGAAGGAAACCUUCGAGCUUAUCAUGCCUUGUGCCCAAAGAAGCAGUAGAAACUUGGGAUAAGCUUUUCACAGAAGCAAUUGGAGCAGAUACAUAUGUCGAAGUCGAUAACAAAGCUCAUUUUCCAGCCCAUUCAAGUGUCCUGGCUGCAGCCUCACCUGUAAUGGCAAGUAUUCUAAAUCAGUCAAGGGAUAAGAAAGGAAACACAUACCUCAAAAUCCCCGGAGUGCCUUAUGAAGCAGUCUACAUUUUCAUUCGGUUUCUGUACUCGUCCUGCUACGAGGAGGAAGAAAUGGAGAAGUUUGUGCUCCAUUUGUUGGUUCUGUCACACUGCUACUCGGUCCCAUCUCUUAAAAGAGUUUGUGUAGAGGUUCUCGAAGGAUGGAUUGACAAGGAGAAUGUGAUUGACGUGCUCCAAUUGGCAAGAAACUGCGACGCCACGAGGAUUUGCUUUGUAUGUUUUUCGAUAAUCAUCAAAGACUUCAAAUCUAUAUCUUCAACAGAGGGAUGGAGAGUGAUGAAAAGGGCUAAUCCUAUGCUCGAACAAGAGCUUGUUGAGGCAGUCGUCGAAGCAGACACACGGAAAGAAGAAAGAGAGAGAAGACUCGAGGAGAGGAAAAUGUAUUUGGAACUUUAUGAAGCCAUGGAAGCUCUUGUCCACAUAUAUAGAGAAGGUUGUGGGACAAUUGGACCUCGUGAUAAAGCCCUCAAAGGAAGUCAAGCCGUGUGUAAGUUCCCAGUGUGUAAAGGAGUUGAAGGUGCACUGCGACAUUUCUUGGGAUGCAAGUCUAGGGUUUCAUGUCCUCAUUGCAAACGGAUGUGGCAGCUUCUUCAGCUUCACUCUUGUAUCUGUGAUGAUUCUGAUUCUUGCGAGGUCCCUCUUUGCCUUAACUUCAAGGAGAAAAUGAAGAAGCUUAGCAAAAAAGAAGAAUCAAAGUGGCGAUUGCUUGCAGAAAACGUUAUUACAGCGAAGAACAGUCUUGGGCCAUUCUCUUCACGUUCUUCUGGUGUGAAAUAGGACAGGUUUUAGAGUCAUAAAAGUGUAAAUAUACAAGGGAAAGUGAUAACGACUAUGUGCGCAGGGUAAAGUGUAUAUUGCGCACGAACAAGGCGCAAAAUAGUGGGUUUUUUUUUGGGAACAAACAUUGUAUAUACCUAUUGGACAUUCUUCCUCAGAAGCGAAAGCAUAUAAUAAUUCUGUUGA